AAGCUAAUCGAACGCACCCCAUGUGUAAAGUCUACUUAUUGUGCACUGCUGGGGGCGAGUGUAUUGUACCAGAAUACUAAACCUGCUUCUUUGCAGUUUUGCCACUUCAUGUGCGUCGGACUCGCUGACUAGACCGUUGUGGUGAAGUGAAUCUGCUCGAAACACGCCAUGGAGUUUUACAGUCAGGUGAAAGCCAUGUUGCCCGGCGUGAUAAACGGGAAAACACUGGACGAGUUGGAGGAAGAAUUAGCGGCAAUGCAAAAGAUGGGCUUUCACUUCGUGAAAGGGAUCAAGCUUCCAUCCGUCGUGCCUGUGUCGAAUUUGGAAGCCCUAAAUACCUUUGAAGUUCGUCAUGAUGAUGUUUAUGCAGUCACCUACCAAAGAUCGGUUGGCUUUGGGCCAUGGUUUGAUCACGUGCUUGGCUACUGGCGACUAAAGGACCAUCCAAAUGUUUUGUUCUUGAAGUACGAAGAUCUCCAUAAGGACCUCAGAGGAUCCAUUCGCAAAGUUGCAGAGCAUGUUGGGAAGGACCUGUCAGACGACGUCAUCGAAUGCAUCGCGGAGCACGUGACCUUUCGCGGAAUGAAGAAGACAUACGGCGAACUGAAAGAUUCGUACGGUGAGACCAAAGCGCUACACAUGACGAACCUUUUCGGGGGUGAUACGACCUACCUCAGAAAAGGGAAAGUCGGCGACUGGAAGAACGUCUUUACUGUUAGCCAGAACGAACUCUUCGACAAGAUAUACGCCUUGAGAAUGGAAGGAACCAACUUGGAGUUUGACUUUGAACUUUAA